AUCAGUGAAGCCGAGUGUUCUUGGACGGGCUUUGUUGUUUUGGCUGCACGGCGAAAAACGGAGGCGAAAACACCGCGUGUUUUUUUAUUGUUUUUUUUUACAUCGCUCGUUAAUUCGACUCGUUUAAGAAUCCAAGUCGCAGCGUUUCAUUCAAGAUGGAAACUCGUGAAGUCAUGCAAGUUAAGGAGCUGAACAAGAGGGCGUCAGGUCAAGCUUUCGAGCUGAUCCUGAGCCCAUCUUCACCAGAACCCAAGUUUCCCUUGUCCCCCAUGAAAAAGAGGGAAACGUCUAUGGAUGAGAUUAAAAGGAAGCUGGAUGCGGCAGAAGAGAGACGAAAGAGCAUGGAGGCUGAAAUGCUGAAGAAUCUAGCAGAGAAACGGGAGCACAUGAAGGAAGUGAUCCAGAAGGCCAUCGAGGAGAACUGCAACUUCAGCAAGACGACUCUAGAAAAACUCAACCACAAAAUGGAGGUCAACAAAGAAAACCUCGACGCCCUAAAGGCUGCCUCGGCGGAGCGAUUCAAGAAGAUUGACCAGAGGUUUGAGGAUGUGAAGAACAAGAACAAGAAGGAGACCGCAAAAGAGGCUUCGGAUUAAACGCAUUUGGUGUGAAAUUGCUGAUAACGUUCUCACAGUUCCAAAGAGGCAUUUGCUGUUUUGCCAUUAAAUUUCGAGUUGCUAUCUCAAAUAGGCUAUUUUUGUAAAAGUGGUUUGAAUCUGAAUAUACUGUA